UUCAACUCUCUCCUCUUCCUCUGUUGUGAUCAUAACAUUAUGGCCAGCCCACAGUCUAAUUUACCUCCUGGUUUUAGGUUUCACCCUACUGAUGAGGAGCUCAUUCUCCACUAUCUCAGGAAGAAGGUCGCCUCCAUGCCCUUACCCGUCUCCAUCAUUGCCGAGGUUGAUAUCUACAAGUCUGAUCCCUGGAACUUACCUGAGAAGGCAGCGUUUGGGGAUAAAGAAUGGUACUUUUUCAGUCCCCGUGACCGCAAGUACCCAAACGGGGCGAGGCCAAACAGGGCAGCUGGUUCAGGGUACUGGAAGGCGACGGGCACUGACAAGACGAUAGUGGCAUCGUUGCCUGGAGGAGGAGCGACGGAGAUCGUGGGGGUGAAGAAGGCCCUAGUGUUCUACACUGGAAAACCCCCCAAGGGCGUCAAGACCAACUGGAUCAUGCAUGAAUAUCGCCUCCUCGACAACACCAGAAACAGACCUGUCAAGUUCCAUGACUGCUCCAUGAGAUUGGAUGACUGGGUUCUUUGCCGAAUUUACAAGAAGUCCAAAUAUGCAGAAUCUCCCACUGCAGAAGCAGAAACGACCUUGGUGGCUGACCAAGAUACCGCAGAAGAGCAGAUAUUGCCGAGCUCUCAAUCUCCCUCUCCUCAUCAAAACAUUCUGAUUCCUCAAAAAUCAAUGUCUUUCUCGAACUUGUUAGAUGCCGCAGACUUCUCCAUGUUGAGCAGCUUAUUGUCUGACAACUAUUCCACCCCACCUGGAUUUGAAUCAGGCGCAGCUGCUGCUAGUUCUAACUCUGAAACUAUCAAUCUGGAUCAACAAUCAUCCCAAAACACUCACGCCAACAGCAGUUUCUUGCUUCAGAGGACCCCCCAAUUAAAUCCCUCCAUCCAAAGCAUGGAAAACAAUAUGCACAAGCGUCACAUUUCAGGCCUGGAUGAGGAUAUCUCAUACCCAUCAAAAAGGUAUCUCAGCUCUGCUUCCUGCAGCUUCCCUACCAACAAUACCAACCAAUUCGAGAAUCCACAGUGGAACUUCCUCCUCAAGCAGUCGUUGUUGAACCAGCAGUUACUUCCGGGGCCUCAUCUUCGCUUUCAGGGAUAAAUCCAAACACUUC